CCGGCGUGUGCGGAGGCUGGGCGGGUAGCCCGAGCGGCGGCCGCAGCGCAGGUAAGGCGGGCAGGCCUGCCCUCGCGCCGGGGCCGCGCCUGCAGCUCCCCGAGCCUCCCGUCCCAGCCCUGCCCCGGGGGCGAGAGCGGGGAGCCCCACCCGGACCAGCCCGCGACCACCGGCGGAGCGGCCAGAGCCCCACCCAGGCCGGGCACCCGGCUCCGGGCCCCGCGGAGCGCAGCGGGGCAGGGAAAGGAGGCCGGGGCCCGCAGCCCGACAGUGUCCCCACCCCCGGCUCCCUCCCCAAGCCGCCCACCAGCCCCCUUCCCUCUGGCCGGAGCUUGAGCCGAGCCCGGCCGGCUUUUGCCGCGCCGAGCCGCCGGCGCCGCCGGGAAGAUGGCCGUGGCGCUGCGGUACUUGUGGCCUCUCCUCCUGUGCAGCCCCUGCCUGCUCAUCCAGAUCCCCGAGGAAUAUGAAGGACACCACGUGAUGGAGCCCCCUGUCAUCACGGAACAGUCCCCACGGCGCGUGGUCGUCUUCCCCACAGAUGAUAUCAGCCUCAAGUGUGAGGCCAGCGGCACACCCGAAGUGCAGUUCCGCUGGACUCGGGACGGUGUCCUCUUCAAACCCAAGGAGGAGCUGGGUGUGACCGUGAACCAGGCCCCCCACUCUGGCUCCUUCACCAUCACAGGCAACAACAGCAACUUCGCCCAGAGCUUUCAGGGCGCCUAUCGCUGCUUUGCCAGCAACAGGCUGGGCACCGCCAUGUCCCACGAGAUCCAGCUCAUGGCCGAGGGUACCCCCAAGUGGCCAAAGGAGACAGUGAGACCUGUCGAGGUGGAGGAAGGGGAGUCGGUGGUUCUGCCUUGUCACCCACCCCCCAGUGCAGAGCCACUCCGGAUCUACUGGAUGAACAGCAAGAUCUUGCACAUCAAGCAGGAUGAGCGGGUGACCAUGGGCCAGAACGGCAACCUCUACUUCGCCAACGUGCUUACCUCGGACAACCACUCGGACUACAUCUGCCAUGCCCACUUCCCUGGCACCCGGACCAUCAUUCAAAAGGAACCCAUUGACCUCCGGGUCAAGGCCACCAACAGCAUGAUGGACAGAAAGCCGCGCCUGCUCUUCCCCACCAACUCCAGCAGCCACCUGGUGGCCCUGCAGGGGCAGCCGCUGGUCCUGGAGUGCAUCGCCGAGGGCUUCCCCACGCCCACCAUCAAAUGGCUGCGCCCGAGCGGCCCCAUGCCAGCUGACCGAGUCACCUACCAGAACCACAACAAGACCCUGCAGCUGCUGAACGUGGGUGAGGAGGACGACGGCGAGUAUCGCUGCCUGGCUGAGAACUCCCUGGGCAGUGACCGGCACGCCUACUACGUCACCGUGGAGGCGGCCCCGUACUGGCUGCACAAGCCCCAGAGCCGUCUGUACGGGCCGGGAGAGACUGCCCGCCUGGACUGCCAAGUGCGGGGCAGGCCCCAACCAGAGGUCACCUGGAGAAUCAAUGGGAUCCCUGUGGAGGAACUGGCCAAGGACCAGAAGUACCGGAUCCACCACGGAGCCCUGAUCCUGAGCAACGUGCAGCCCAGUGACACGAUGGUGACCCAGUGUGAGGCCCGUAACCGGCACGGGCUCCUGCUGGCCAAUGCCUACAUUUAUGUUGUCGAGCUGCCGGCCAAGAUCCUGACCCCAGACAACGAGACGUACAUGGCGGUCCAGGGCAGCACCGCCUACCUUCUGUGUAAGGCCUUUGGAGCCCCUGUGCCCAGCGUCCAGUGGCUGGACAGGGAAGGAAAGACGGUGCUUCAGGAUGAGCGCUUCUUCCCCUACACCAACGGGACCCUGGGCAUCCGAGACCUCCAGGCCAAUGACACCGGCCACUACUUCUGCCAGGCUGCCAACGACCAAAACAACGUGACCAUUGUGGCUAACCUGCAGGUCAAAGAUGCCACUCAGAUCACGCAGGGGCCCCGCAGCGCGAUCGAGAAGAAAGGCUCGCGAGUGACGUUCACGUGCCAGGCCUCCUUUGACCCCUCCUUGCAGCACACCAUCACCUGGCGCGGGGAUGGUCGCGACCUCCAGGAGCUCGGGGACAGUGACAAGUACUUCAUAGAGGACGGGCGCCUGGUCAUCCACUCCCUGGACUACAGCGACCAGGGCAACUACACCUGCGUGGCCAGCACCAAGCUGGACGCGGUGGAGAGCAGGGCAGAGCUCCUGGUGGUGGGGAGCCCCGGCCGCGUGCCUCAGCUGGAGCUGUCUGAUCGCCACCUGCUGAAGCAGAGCCAGGUGCACCUGUCUUGGAGCCCCGCUGACGACCACAACGCCCCCAUUGAGAAGUAUGACAUUGAAUUCGAGGACAAGGAGAUGGCGCCUGAGAAGUGGCACAGUCUGGGCAAGGUGCCCGGGAAUCAGACCUCCACCACCCUCAAGCUGUCGCCUUAUGUCCACUACACCUUUAGAGUUACUGCCAUCAACAAAUACGGCCCUGGGGAGCCCAGCCCAGCCUCGGAGACUGUGGUCACGCCAGAAGCAGCCCCGGAGAAGAACCCCGUGGAUGUGAAGGGGGAAGGAAACGAGACCAACAACAUGGUCAUCACUUGGAAGCCGCUGCGGUGGAUGGAGUGGAACGCCCCCCAGGUUCAGUAUCGCGUGCAGUGGCGCCCUCAGAAGACGCAGGGGGCCUGGCAGGAGCAGAUCGUGAGCGACCCCUUCCUGGUGGUGUCCAACACUCCCACCUUUGUGCCCUAUGAGAUCAAGGUCCAGGCCGUCAACAGCCAGGGCAAGGGCCCGGAGCCCCAGAUCACCGUCGGCUACUCUGGGGAGGACUACCCCCAGGCAAGCCCUGAGCUGGAAGGCAUCAAGAUCCUCAAUUCGAGCACGGUGCUGGUCAGGUGGUGGCCUGUGGACCCAGCCCAGGUCAAGGGCCACCUCCGGGGAUACAAUGUGACGUACUGGUGGGAGGGCAGUCAGAGGAAGCACAGCAAGAGGCAUGUCCACAAAGGCCACGUGGUGGUGCCUGCCAACAGCACCAGCACCAUCCUGGGAGGCCUGCGGCCCUACAGCUCCUACCAUCUGGAGGUGCAGGCCUUUAACGGCCGGGGACUGGGGCCCGCCAGCGAGAUGACCUUCAGCACCCCCGAGGGAGUGCCUGGACACCCCGAGGCGCUGCACCUGGAGUGCCAGUCGGACACCAGCCUGCUGCUGCACUGGCAGCCCCCGCUAAGCCACAAUGGCGUGCUCACGGGCUAUGUGCUCUCCUACCAGCCUCUGGAUGAUGGGGGCAAAGAGCAGUUGUCCUUCGACCUCCCGGACCCUGAGCUGAGGACGCACAACCUGACCAACCUCAGCCCCCACCUGCGGUACCGCUUCCAGCUCCAGGCCACAACGAAGGAGGGCCCUGGAGAGGCAAUCGUGCGGGAAGGAGGCACCAUGGCCUUAUCUGGGACCCCGGAUUUUGGCAACAUCUCGGCCAUGGCUGGCGAGAAUUACAGCGUGGUCUCCUGGGUCCCCAAGGAGGGCCAGUGCAACUUCGGGUUCCAGAUCUGGUUCAAAGCCCUGGGGGAUGAGAAGCUGGGCGCUCAUCUCCCGCCGCAGUACGUCAGCUACAACCAGAGCUCCUACACGCAGUGGGACCUGCAGCCUGACACCGACUACGAGAUCCACUUGCUCAAGGAGCGGGUGCUCCUGCACCAGAUGGCCGUGAAGACCAACGGCACUGGCCGAGUGAGACUCCCUCCUGCCGGCUUUGCCACGGAGGGCUGGUUCAUCGGCUUCGUCAGCGCCAUCAUCGUCCUGCUUCUCAUCUUCCUCAUCCUUUGCUUUAUCAAGCGCAGCAAGGGUGGCAAGUACUCAGUGAAGGACAAGGAGGACACCCAGGUGGACUCGGAGGCCCGGCCCAUGAAGGACGAAACCUUCGGCGAGUACAGGUCCCUGGAGAGUGACAACGAGGAGAAGGCCUUCGGCAGCAGCCAGCCAUCCCUCAACGGCGACAUCAAGCCCCUGGGCAGUGAUGACAGCCUGGCCGACUACGGGGGCAGCGUGGACGUCCAGUUCAACGAGGACGGCUCCUUCAUCGGCCAGUACAGCGGCAAGAAGGAGAAGGACGCGGCAGGGGGCAACGGCAGCUCAGGGGCCGCCUCCCCCACCAACCCUGCGGGGACCCUGGAGUAGCAGGUUCCACCCAGCCAGGCGAGGCCGCAGGGGAGUCAGAGGCCAAGACCCCCCAGUCUGAGGCCUGUGCUGGGUCCCUGACCUUGGGACUGAGGCCCCUCCCUCUCUUCACCAGGCUGCGGCCCGGCCCUCUGACCCUGAGCCCGAGGGAGGCUUAAGUCGGGGGCAGAGAAGAGGAACUCACUGCCUCUAAUCCCCUUCUGACUACCUGGUCCCCACUUGAUUGCCAAAACCCAGCUGCACCCCUUCUUGGGCACACACUGCUUUGCUCCAGCUCAGGGGCCAGUCACCCACACGUCAGGUGCUGCCUCGCCGGCCUUUGGGCAGAGGGAGGCUGUGGUCAGGGCAGAGGAAGCGGGGCCGCUGCCUGGGGGGGCCUCCUCAGGACCACGGCUGGCACCUGCACCCCCAGCCGUUCCUUGGCCAGCCUGGCUGGGACAGGGGACAGGACUCGGUGUCCCCACCAUCUGCUCCCUUUUCCUUGCCAUCUCUGCUCCAGCUGGGAUGGGAGCUGGGCAGGCUGGCCAUGGGUGCAGGGGAGGCCAUCUGGAGAGCCCGGAGUCCCAGCUGCCGGUGUCGCACUCGGCCCACCGCACCCUGCGGCCGGCUUUCAGGAGUUCCAUACACACGCUGCCUUUGGUACCCACCAGACGACAUCCAAGUGGCCUCCGUCACUGCCCAGGUGCGGGGCAGGCUCACCUCCUCCCCCUGGCCCCGGCCUCUCCCAGCCUCCACCGCACCCCAGGACCCCUUAGCAACCCCCCGCCCCCGACCCCAGUCUGAACAGUCCCCUUCCUCAGCCUCCCCCAGCCCCACCUUGGGAAUGUAAAUACACCGUGACUUUGAAAGUUUGUACCCUUGCCCUUUCCCCAUAUGCCACUAGUGUGUAGGCAGAUGUCUGAGUCUCUAGGUGGUUUCUAGGUUUUAUAGCAAUUAGCUUUGAUGAUCCCAUCCCAGGAAAAAUAAAAAAAAAAAAAAAAAAAAAAAAAAAAGGAAAGAUUGGUUCUCCCAGCUCUGCUGCGCUCCCGCCCAGCAGCCAGCAUCUCCCCAUAUGCCUUUGCUUGGUCUGUUGAUGAGCCCUUUACAAAAAGCAAAAGUAUAUAUAUAUAUGUACAUAAAUAUCAGAAUUAUAAAAGGCAAAUAAAA